UUCAACUACAUCAAAAGGGCUGAGGUCUCGCCUGGCGAUCCAUCGAAGAAGCCCACAUACGAACGACAACCAACUCUACUUUCUUUGUACAAAAUGUCCGACAUCGAGGAGACUCCCGCCGACGUUGGCGAGGUUGAGCAGGUCGAGGAGACCGGUGCCGCCCCUGCCGCUGCAGGUGGCAUGAGCAUUGAGGACGCUCUUCAGGAGGUUCUCAAGAAGGCUCUCAUCCACGAUGGUCUUGCCCGUGGCCUGCGCGAGUGCGCCAAGGCCCUUGACCGUCGUCAGGCCCACCUCUGCGUUCUCGUCGAGACGUGCAAUGAGCAGGAGUACAUCAAGCUCAUCGAGGCUCUCUGCACCGAGCACAAGAUUGACCUCCUGAAGGUCUCGGACCCCAAGACCCUCGGAACUUGGGCCGGCCUGUGCAAGAUCGACCGUGAGGGCAACCCCAGGAAGGUCGUUGGCUGCUCGUGCGUCGUCGUCCGCGACUACGGCGAGGAGAGCGAGGGUCUUAACGUCCUCCUUUCGCACUUCAAGUCUCGUUAAGCUUGUAAGUGUCUCCAUCACUGUCGCUGCCGGUAGGGUGAGAAGGGCGCGCGUUGCCGUGUGGGAGGGAAGGGAAGAGUCGGGAAGGAGCUGGUCGGGUCAGUGGCAGACCUAGUGAUGACAGAACAGGACUCCCUCAACGGAUUCGAUCUGCUCUCAUCACCAAACGUGAGGGGCAGAUCAUGAGGAAAACUCCUAAUCCGGAAUCAAUCUUUUGUCUGACUCGAAGAGAGGAAGGGAUGGAGGGGAGACUAGAGAUGCUUCGGAGACGUUUUGCUGCUGGAACGUUGUACGGAGAGCCCUUCGGCACAGAGCGCUGACCAUGUCUGGAUCGUCUCUUGCCUCAAAACAGAGAAAACGAGUUGUACUUGUUCAUCAAUUUCAAAAGGCUUCUGCCCUAAUGGCAUCUUUGCAAAG